UUCUUAUUCAUAUCCCUUGCUACAACCGUUGCUGCCGUUGACAGAGCACUCUACGCCCGUAUUUCGCGUAAUCUUAUCGAAAUGUGCCCAAUGUUGAAUGUGAUUUGUGUGUUCGAUCAGUGAAUUUUAAAUAAUCAAACAAUAUCAGCAUAAUUAAGUGUACUGUCUGAGUUCUAGCUCUGCGCUGCGCUAUGAAAACGAACAGACAAGCCAGUGUUUUUGUACUUUUUGUGUCGGUGGUCGAAGAGCGGCUUCGGUGCAGGGUUACCUUUACCAUGUGCGUCAGGUAGUGUUUUGCUCGUAUUAGUUUGUCCACAAACUAAUAAUGUUGGCGCGUAGAUACAGUGGUGAGCACUGAGUGAGUGAGGCGUGGUGUUUUGGUGAUUCAUAGUGCGUCGUGAGGAUAUGAAGGUGACGGUGUGCUUUGGGGCUGUGCGGGUGCUGGUGCCCUGCGGCGCCGGCGACCUGCUGGUCCGGGACCUGGUGCGGGAAGCCACCCAUCGCUUCAAGAAAGCUACGGGACAGGGCCCCGAAACAUGGGUGGGAGUGCGAGCGCUGCGCGCCAGCUCCGGCGGCAUCCUGGACCCGGACGACCGCGUGCGCGACGUGGCGGACGACCGCGAGACGCUCACCGCCGAGUGCGCGGCGCAGGCGCCGGCGCCGCGGGCGGCGCAGGCGGACGGCGCCAGCGGCUCCAGCGCGGGUACCGCGUCCCCGGACAUGUUCCGAGGCGGCGGCGGCGUCGGCGGCAGUAUGCGUGUGCCCAACUCGGAGUCGUGCGUGGAGGUGGGCGCGGCCGACCUCGAGGACGGCGCCAACGGGCUGCAAGUCCGGCGCGGCAGCGAGCCCACCCUGCACCAGGACACGUUACCUCCACAACGAACGGCCACAGAGCAGACGAAACGCUGGUCAGCAGCGGUAGUCUGCCGGGACGACAACAGAACAACACAGAAAGUGCAUCCGUUGCCAGAUGGUCGACCACCAGACCCUGACAGACUCAAUUCUGGACACUUUCAGCGACAAACCAAUAGACUUUCAAUGCAGUUCUCCGGACCUGGGAGUGGAGUAUGGCUAGACGCAGCCGACAGAGUGCAGAGCUACGGCAGCAAAAGCUUACCCCGCGACGCGAGGAGAGAGCCCCUCGGCCAGGACACGUCGGGCGACACCCACCGAGUCGAAGACAUGUUGCGAUGGGUGUCCGGAGUCAACAACGUCGCCAGCGUGCAUCCGCAGGAGCGCCCACUUGAUCUCUUACCUGAGGUGGGCAGCACGGAGCGAGCGAUAUCCGGCCAAGAAGUCCCAGUGAGCCCGAGCAGCAAGCCUGCGACGGCAACGCAGAACGUGUCCGUCACGCUUGUCAAAGGCGAGAAAGGACUAGGCUUCACUAUCACCACCAGAGACAAUCCUACGGGCGGACACUGUCCUAUCUACAUUAAGAAUAUUCUUCCUAAGGGCGCGGCGGUGACAGACGGGCGGCUGCGCGCCGGCGACCGCCUGGUGUCCGUCAACAGCGUGUCGGUGUCGGGGCUCACGCAGCAACAAGUGGUGUCUCUGCUCCGCAACACGCCCACAGACUCCACUGUCGACAUCGUGGUGCAGCGGCCUGUCAGCAGAACGCAGAGGGUUGAGCCCCAGCAGAGUCCACAAAAAUACUCAGAAAAGGCGAUAGGCACGCCCAACGGCCAAUCCAAACCAGUGGACGUCGGUGAGAACGGCCGGGUGUCCAGUAUAGUGAGCGCCAUUAACCAGGGCUCGGCACGGGGCCGGAUACCCAAGAGCUCCUCGAAGGACGACCUGAUCAAAGACCAGGACAGUUCGCUGCAGGAAGCUUUGAAUUCUAGUUCUAACUCUAUCCUUAGUUUAAGAAAUCGCCUGAUCCUUCGGCUCGACGUACCGGUGCACGACUCUGAGAAGGCCGGGCUGGGCAUCAGCGUCAAAGGCAAGGUCACCGUGGGCACGGACCCUCAAGACCUGGGCAUCUUCAUCAAGUCAGUGCUGCACGGUGGCGCCGCUUCGAGAGAUGGCAGAUUACACACGAACGAUCAGCUGCUGAGCGUGAACGGCGUGUCCUUGGUGGGGCAGUCCAACGCCGAGGCCAUGGAGACACUCCGGCGUGCCCUGCUGCACGCGAGACCCAGCGUUCGUGGCAGCAUCUCGCUCACCAUCGCCAGGAGAACGGAUAGUAUGGACAGCCUCGCUCGGUGGAAAGACGACACGCCGCCCAACGGCAACGAGUCCAGCAACACCACCAACAGCGUCGACAACAACAACAGCUCCCAAAACUUCAACACCGUCAUAUACAACACCGACAAAGAGAACAAACCCACCGACUACAACCAGAACAAAUUCGACAACCACAAAGAGAGAAGCAUAGACAACGAACACAGAGGCAGCAAGAAACACGCGUCAAUAAUCACAAUAAAUAAUAACACGAGCUGGGUCUCCAAUCAAUCCGACGAUAGCAAAGGGUAUUUAGAAAGGGAGAAGGAUACGGUUCCUCAUGAUCCUAAGAGAGAUAGCUUUGAGUGGAGUCGUUUGGACGGUUGGAACCCUGUUAUAGACAGGCUAACCGGCUUGAGGAACGAGAGCUAUUAUAUGGCGACGCAACUGGACGCGCCGGUGACGAACGGCCAUUUUAGGCCUAACGUGGGACACGUGCAUAUGUCGCGGUCGCCGCCCGCGCACCAUAAUGUUAUUAUUGAAGAAGACUAUGGAACCACGACGAGAGGGAGCACAAGUGGCCCCGGCGAGUCGGGCAGCGAGAGCGGCGCGGGCUUCAGCCGCGACGCGGUGGGGCGCCGCUCCAUGUCGGAGAAGCGCCACGCCGCCAUGGACGCCAAGACCACCGGCACCUACAAGAAGAUCAAGGAGAUCAAGGCCAUGCACUCAUUACAAGUGGGCCCAUCACUGGGAAUGCGGAAGUCGUCAAGUUUAGAGUCCCUACAAACAGCGAUACAGGAAAACCAAAGGAAUCCGCGGAACGAGCCGAUAUACGCGCGAGCGCAUCCACCGCUGAAGCACUGGCUGACGGACGGCGGGCGCGGCCCGGAGGGCAUGGUGCGCGGCUCGCCGCAGCAGUCCUCGCUCUCGCACAAGAAGCCCUCGCUGCUUAAAUCGCUCUCCAACAUGUUGCGAAUCGGCAAACCCCACCACAAAAAACCGGAAACGGAAAUAUACGGGAGAUCUCAACCAGGCCGAGCUUCAGAAAAAUCACUGUCGAGGGAGGCGCUAGAGCGGCACAACCGGGAAGAGAGACUAGAGGAGAACGCGCACAAUAAGCCCGAGGUGCAGCACUCGCGGCAGAGCAGCGGCGAGCGCUCGGAGCGCGCGCCGCCCUACCGCGCGCCGCCGCAGCGCACGGCGCCCCAGCACCAAGGAAUGGAAAGUGCCUGGGGGCCAACCGGCCACUACGUCAACUACGACGAAAUCCAACAAAACCUUAACGCGCGGCGUGAAAAGUUGAGCGAAGUGCAAAUAGGGCAGAUGAGGCGGCAGGUUCACGCGCAGAGGGCCAAAGUCGAGGAGGAGAGUCGGCGGGUAGGCGCUACCACUGGCUACCACUCGCAGCGCUCCUGUAGGGACCCGCCCGCCGCGCGGCCGCAGUCCAACUACUAUGAGUACGAGAGCGCGCCGCCCAAGCGACCUGGCAAGCUUUCACAUUACCACUGAACAUCUGUCUAGUUUUUAGGCAAAAACAUAGUCUAAUAAAACAUGGUCUUCUCUUCCCAGAGUGACACAAACCUACGUCACAAUAACAUUGCACUUUAUAUGCCAUCGUCUCGUUUCUAUCACCGCACCUCCCGCCAAAGGAGCACAGUUCAUCCCCACUUUUUAGAUACAUGGCACACCAAGAAUAAGCGGGCAUCUCGCUCGUUUCUUCCCAGAACGUGCUGAAUGUGGAAUGACUUGCCUCCUGAGGUAUUUCUUUUGCCCUCCGACAUGGGAGUUUGCUGACUAUUACAUAAUAAAAAUAUACCGCUCUUGCAUAUUAUUACUAUAUAGCGCUGUCGCAUGAUGACGUAGGCUUGUGUCAGUCACGUGGUCGGAGGAAAGUACCAGGCGGAGUAUAUUAUUAUACCAUGGGCAAAAAUAUACCACUCCGUCAGUCGAUAACGCCCAAAGAUCCAGAUACAAAUCGUCCAGUUAUUGACAUUCAACAAAGUGAUACCUACGAGCGCCACUCUCAGCGUACCGCAGUCCAAGUAGGUAUGUACUUCCGCCUAUUCAAAAUGGUCCAGUAAUCUCUCGCUCUGAACGUAUUGUGUAGUCAGACAAAAGGUACCAUAUUGUCGGUUGUAAAGAUGUCAUUGAUAGAAAAAGGGCUUCAAUCAGUCUUAUUCCAUAGGAGGGUGGCCCGAGCUAAGCUUGCAGAAACGCGGUAUCCACUCCAUAUAGGUUACGAUAGCAGUGGCGGCACGUCCAUAAAAGCCGAUUCCUACCGGCUUGCCUGUUUUUGGACGUUUGAGCAGAGUUGUAAAGGAAAUAUGUAAGCCAAAGUAGCCCCGGCUUGCCUAUGGAUAUGUUUGACGCGCCGCCACUGUAAGAUAGCAACAUUUGUAUUGCUUUCGGAAAUCGAGCAAUAGAGAUGAAGAUAUAACCUUCAAUAUAGAAGUGCCUGUCAAAGCCUCACGCUAAGUACUGAAAAGCCUUAUUAAAAUUAUUGUGAACUAUGUUAAUUAAUUACUAAGAAUUAAACCCAAUAUGCUGAUCCUGUAUUCAAAUUCUUAUGUUGUAUUUUUUACCAUCUCAUUUAUUUAGACUCCAGGCAUUAUAUUUUUUGUCAUAUCGUUAUUCUAUAGUAAGUAACUUAGCCUAAAAUGUUACACAUUUAGAUAAUGGUUUUUUUAUACUGUUUGUAUGUUGCACUUUGCUUGAAAAAAAAUAUUAUGAUUCAAAGGCUCAAAUGGCAAUAAUAUAAAAACAUCCCUUAAACGGGAUAUAUUUGUGUUGACGUUAAUAUUAAUUAUGAAUCUGAAACAAUAGUGUACACAUAAGUACAUAAAUACAUUAGUGUUGAAUGUUGAUUCUAAGCAACAGAUACGAGUAACUACUUUCGGUUAGAAGCUCCUGCUUAAAUACAUACAAAAAAUUACGAUAAAAAAAGUACCUUUGCUUGGAAACGACAUAUAAAUAUUCACAAUACCAGAAGGUACAUUUUAUUAAUAGAUAUAAAUAGACAAUUGACGUGAUUAAAAGCGCUUAAAUAGCUAUUACAAUGUCACUACGAGUAGCUAAGGAAUAUUACAGGUAGUAGGUAUUUAGUAAUCUCGUUUCCUUUCUACAUUUAGCCCCUUUUCAAAAUGGCCACAAAUACCGAUACCAGAUCUCCUUGAACGCUCACGAUCGCUAGUUCUUGUGAUUCUCACACGAGCGACAAUCCUUUGGGUUUUCCUGCCCGUUGUCUAUUAUUAAAAUGUUAAUUGUCACAGUUUAUUGAUUCAGUGGUCUGCAAACCUGACUUUGAAUAAGUAUAGUCACAUAAUGAUUAUAGGGCGAGGUUGGCCUGAGUGUUAUCUCGUUACUACCUAUUAUAAUUGAAUAGUCAUCG